AUGUCGAAACAGUUUGUACGUUCCGCAAAGAAUAUGGUCAAAGGGUAUUCCACCACGCAAGUUCUCGUAAGGGAUGCGACCUCAAAUGAUGCCAGUAAUCCUAGUUUUGAACUUCUUUAUGAGUUAGCACAGAGAUCUUUUGACUCCGUUGAUUUUUUUGAGAUUAUGGAUAUGUUAGAUAAGAGACUAAAUGAUAAGGGGAAAUAUUGGAGACAUGUCGCAAAAUCUCUAACUGUCUUGGAUUAUUUGGUUAGAUUUGGUAGUGAGAACUGUGUUCUUUGGUGCAAAGAAAAUCUUUACAUUAUCAAGACUUUAAGAGAAUUUAGACAUGAAGAUGACGGUGGAGCUGACCAAGGUCAAAUAAUUCGUGUUAAGGCUAAAGAAUUGACUUCGUUGUUAUUAGAUGAAGAAAGAUUGAAAGAAGAAAGAACUAUCAAUUUGAAGAACCGUCGUGACGGUGACAUGAAGGGCAGAAGAAGGAGAAGAGGCACCAGAAAUGGACGUGGAAAUGAUGAAGAUCAAGAUGAAUUACAAAGAGCUUUAGAAGAAAGUAGACUAACUGCUGAAGAAGACGAACGCCGCAGAAGACAAAUGGCUCAAUACGAUGAUCAAGAUCCAGAUCUGCAGACCGCUUUACAAUUAAGUAAGGAAGAGGAGGAGUUAAAGAAAUUACAAGAGAUGCAAAGAUUACAACAACAACAAGGUCAAAUGAACCAACCGCAAGGAUAUUUUGAUAUAUUUGGUAAUCCAAUCUCUCCAGAUGAAUAUUUGCAAUUUCAACAACAGCAAGAUGCAUUUGCCCAACAGCAAUUACUGCAACAACAACAAUUAGAACAACAAAGACAAGCAGAACAACAAUAUCUCGCCAUGCAACAACAGCAACAGCAACAACAACAGGCUGCUCUGGCAGCCCAACAAACUGCUUUGGCUAAUCAGAAUGCUUAUUACCAACAACCAUUGCAAACGGGCUCGAAUAAUCCAUUUGCUAUGAACAAUUUCAAUAACAAACCAGCCGUAGAAUCUACUCAAGCAUACACGGCAAGUGCCCCACAACUAAACCAACAACCUGCACAACAACAACCUCAGCAACAACCAUUGAAACAAACAAGGACAGGGAAUCAAUCAAUUACAGAUAAAUACAGUCAAUUGAAUACGCUAUUGGCUACGGGGACAGGUAUUGAUACUUUUGGUAACACGGGUGAACAACGUAUUCCAGCGCAACAUACUCAAACGGGGACGUUUAUUAACUCACAAGGGACAGGUUAUAGACAAGUUACUAAUGAUCCAAAGAAUAACCCAUUCUUAAACAGUCAAUACACUGGUUUACCAAGUACAAAUAUUGUUUCUACCCAAACUGGGUAUGGCUUUGGGAAUGCUCCCUCCCAACAGCAACAGCAACAGCAGCAACAGCAACAACGACCAGACCAGGGUUUUAGCUUGAUCGAUUUGUAA